GUCUCGGAUGGCUUGUCUUUCCGCCCCAGGUGGCUCGUUCGGGCUGCAGAUGGCUUGUCCUUUCCUUGGGCGGCGCCAUCUUUGCUGUGGGUGGCUCCACCUUACGUGCCCCCUCUCGUCGGGAGUGCCGCCUCCGUUGGCGUGCCCCCCUCUCGUUGGGCAUCGCCAGGCGCCGUCUAUAAGUACUCCCCCCCCCGCGGCUCCCCUCUUCUCUCGCCACCUCACCUCUUCCCAUCCCCCGCGCUGGCAACCAUGACUGAGGCCACCAAGAAGGAGCACCACCACACCACUCCCAAGCUCGACACCGAGGAGAAGGAGAUCCUUGGUAUCACUACCAUCGACUCUGACGAUGUCGAGCAGCUGGACGCCCACAGCGCCUAUGCCCAGAUCAGCGCCGUCGUCCCCACGACCGAUGAUCCCACCACUCCCUGCUUCACCGUCCGUGCCAUGUUCCUGGCCAUCCUCUUCUGUGUCAUCACCUCGGCCGUCAACGUCGUCCUCUCUUUCCGCACCAACCAGUUCACCGUUCCUGCCUACGUCGCUGUGAUCAUCUCGUACCCCAUCGGUAUCUUCUUCUCCAAGGUCCUCCCCGAUGUCCGCUUCAAGCUCUUUGGCGUCGAGAACUCGCUCAACCCCGGCCCCUUCUCCAUCAAGGAGCACGUCCUGAUUUACAUCAUGUCCAACGCCGGUACUCCCUACGGUAUCGACAACGUCGUUGGCCAGGUCGGUCCCCUCUACCUCAACGACACCUCCAUCCAGAUCUGGCAGUCGAUGCUCUGGAUUCUUGCCACCCAGUGCCUCGGUCUCGGCCUCGCUGGUAUGGCCCGUGAGUUCCUGAUCAAGCCCGCCGCCAUGUACUGGCCCGGCAACAUGGGUAUCCUUGCCAUGUUCGCCUCCUUCCACGACUCCAAGACCGCCGCCGCCGACUCUGCCUCCAAGUACAAGAUGUCGCGCUUCAAGUUCUUCUGGAUCGCCUUCACCGUCACCAUUGUCUACUACUUUAUUCCCGGCUUUAUCGCCCCCGCCCUCCAGAGUAUCGCCAUCCUCUGCUUCUUCGGCGCCGGCAAGACCAGCCUGACCAACAUCUUCGGCUCGACCUCCAGCGGCGUUGGUCUCCUGGCCCUCACCCUCGACUGGUCCCAGUUCAACGGCUACAUCGCGCCCAUGACCGCUCCCUUCUGGGCCAACUGCGUUGUCCUGAUCGGCUUCAUUUUCUGGUCAUGGAUCAUUGUCCCCAUCGCCUACGUUAACAACGUCUGGGAUGGCAAGUACGUCGGUUGCAAGAAGCCCGGACCCAACGGCUGCGGUUUCCUCAACAGCAACGGUCUCUUCAACGGCUCUGCUCUUGGCCAGCGUCUCAGCGGCCGCAUCCUCCUUGACCCCACCACCUUUGACCUUGACAUCAACAAGUACAACAGCGCCGCCCCCGUCCAUCUUGGCAUGUCCUUUAUCUUUGUCUACGCCACCUCCUUCAUUGCCAUUGCUUCGUCCGUCACCCACGUCACUCUCUGGUACGGCAAGGACAUUGUCCGCCAGGCCCGUGUUGCCAUGAACCAGCUCAAGGAGGAUGCCGACCACCAGGACAUCCACAACAAGCUCAUGGCUGCCUACCCCGAAGUCAGCAACUGGGUCUACUUCGGUAUCUUCCUGUCCUCCACCAUCCUGAUGCUUCUCGUCGGCUCCUUCACUCCCUACAAGCUCCAGUGGUGGGGUGUCCUCUUUGCCGUUGCCCUCGGUAUCAUCUUCGUUAUUCCCCUCACCACCAUCACCGCCCUGACCGGCCAGUACAUUGGUCUUAACGUCCUGACCGAGUUCAUCAUCGGUUUGAUCAUCCCCGGCGAUAUGAUUCCCGUCAUGUCCUUCAAGUCGCUCGGCUACAACACCAUGAUCCAGGCCCAGACCCUCCUCAACGAUCUCAAGAUCGGCCACUACAUGAAGGUUCCUCCCCGCGCCAUGGUUGCUGGUCAGGUCAUCGGCGCUAUUCUCUCUGCCCUGAUCUGUGUCCCCGUCGCCACCUCCUUCACUCUCUCGCCCCUCUUUGGUGUUGGUAACUGGCAGGCUGCUAGCUACGGUGUCUUCUACUCUGCCGGUACGAUUUGGGGAGCCAUCGCCCCUGCCCGCUUCUUCGGCUCCGGCGCUCUCUACCACGACAUCCUCUGGGCCUUCCCUGCCGGUCUCGUCGCUCCCAUCCUCCCCUGGCUCGGCAACAAGCUCUACAAGCACCCCUACUGGCACUUGAUCAACGUCCCUAUCCUUGCCACUUGGGUCGGCCCCCAGACCGGCAACCAGGUCAUCAUCAUCGUCCCCUUCAUCGUCGCCUUCGUCUCCCAGUACUACCUCUUCCGCUACAAGAACGAGUGGUGGAAAAAGUACAACUUUGUCCUGUCCGUCGCCCUCGACUCUGGUGUCGGUAUCGGUGCCACCAUCAUUGGUGUCCUCCAGCUGCUCUUCCUCCAGACCGAUGCUGAUGGCAACCCGGUUGGUGGUUUCCUGAUGCCCAACUGGUUCCUCAACCCCGCCACUACCAACGACUUUUACUGCUUCGAUGUUGACUAUGCUGGCAACCCCCUCAGCAAGUAAAGUCCGCCAUCUCGGCGACGACCUGUCAAGAGGUGUUGGCCCUCCCACUCCCCUGUCUUCCUGGAUCUUUUCCUUUCUCCUGCCAAAGCUUCUUCCCCUGUGCUGAUCUCUAUGCCGAACUUUAUCGGAAAUAUCCUCUUGAAGCAUCCUCUCUCCUUUCUUUCUGCCCUUUGAAAAAAAGCCCUGCCUGAACGUUUACGCCUUCUAUUGAGUUGAGAGUGUGCACGGGUCGAUCCCCCAUUGUCCCCGAGUGUCUAUGCUCCCCUUUCCCUCGAUCAUCUAUGCGUCCUCCAAAGGUGACGUGGGUCGCCUGAUCCGCUCAUUCUCUCAAUGGCCCGUAAUACAUGAAAUGCUCUGAU